GUUAGGUACGAGGCGGUUCAAGCACGUGGGGCCUACUCGGUGUGUGUCUCCUCGUUCAGUAGUGCUCUCUCGGUUGCCUUCGAACGAUUUCGCACCGGAUGUCCAUCGAGCCCCGUCGUCGUCGACGUACUACUCGGUGAAGUUUGUUCGUUCAAUCGUCGCCGUGUUUCCGUCCGGAAGAAUCGAGAAUGUGACCAUUCGUCAGUAGCAACUCACUCGCACCAGGCAUCGAGGAAUCGAUAUUUCAACCAAGGGCGAAAAUCAACGAUAAUGGCUUUGACAUCGAGAGUUUUGUUAGCGUGCGCCUUGAUCGUUGUUCUACCAGUCGAUGUGAUACCAGUAGAACACUUUCCCACCGAUUAUCGUGGUUACAACACCAAUCACAGGCUACUUUGGCCGCUUUGGUACCACGAGAAAUCAACUCGAACGCGACACGAUCGCGACGACAGGGAUUUUCAGCUGACGACUACCACGAAGAGCUUGUCCCGCCAGGAUAGCUUUCGCACGGACAAAACGGUUUCGACGACAUCACCGUCGAUCAGCCAGUCGAGAUAUCACGUGGAACAGCGUGUGCACGAGCAACGACCUGGCUCGUCGAAACAGGAGAAAUUCACCGGGGUGAUGAAAUACGCUGGCACUAGAACGGUCGCUUACGCCGGUUAUCAUAAUAAUCAUCGUCACCAGCCGAGAGAAGCGGUCACUCAGAACUAUCAACAUGUUGCGACGACACCGUCGACGUACACGAGGCAUCAUCCCGGAAGACGAGUUUGCACCAGAUCAGUUCCAAACCCGACCGUUCAUCAUCGUCAAAGUAGGCAACUUAGGUACUAUAAUUAUUUUCAUAUUCAAACCGACACGACUUCCGGUUUCUUAUGCUGCCCCGGAUGGACGCAGGCGACUCAAUUAAGUUUUGGAUGCAACAAACCUACCUGCCCAGCUCCCUGCUUAAACGGAGGAGUAUGUACCUCACCUGGCAGGUGCACGUGUCCCAAAGGAUUUACUGGCAACCAGUGCCAGACAGAUAUCGACGAGUGCGUGACGGAGAAGCCCUGCGAUCAACUAUGCAGAAACCUACUUGGGACCUACGAGUGUCACUGCAGGUCCGGUUUUCAGCUACAGAAAGACGGUCAAUCCUGUCGAAAAAACGAUACCGAUGACAUCGCGUUCGAGGCCCGGGACCUGGAGGAUGAUUUCCAUGAAGUGACGACAACAAAGCGUCCGUCAGUUUCCUCGCACGAUACGGAGAACGAGGUGGCUGACAAUGACCUCGAUCAGGACUACGAGAUUAUACUGAAAAGGCUCACCAAGCUUGAAAAGCUAUUUGCAAAGGGAAAAAAAAGAGACACCGAGACCACCGAAAUGAGUGUUAAAGUUGCGUCUGUCAUGGAUAACAUUAAUGAAAUGAAAAGGACUGUAGAAAAUGUAAAAUUAAUGCAACAAGAAAUAUACGAGAUGAGGAAUAAAUUACGGGAAUAUGAAUUGGAAACCAGAAAGAUGCAACACUUGACAAACAGAGUGAUAGAAUUGGAAAAUCGUUUGAGACUACGUUGCAGAACUGCGAUGCCAAUAAACAGUGGCACGUUACAUUUUUAA